AUGGCACAGUUCCCAUGCAGCAUUGCCAGCGACAAGCACGAGUUUGGCCCGGAUCGCUGGGCAAAGACAAUCGAAAACAAUGGCACGUAUAACGCCGUCCAUGCCUCACAUCUUCCAACCCGACGCCCCUCAACUGGAAUCACAGUCCUGAUUGUCGGCGCCGGCAUGGCAGGACUCAUGACCGCGUUAGAGUGCUGGAGAAAGGGCCAUGAUGUCGUGGGGAUUCUAGAGCGAAGAGACAUCAUCGUUAUACAACCCUCCGCCAUAUCGAUCCUCCAUUACUGGCCCGACAUGCUCCAAGACCUGGAACAAGAUCAGAUCCACGCCGCGGUCAGCUACGAAACCCAUAAUGGGCGGCACAUCUACGGCCCAACCGUCCCCUCAUUCAACGACGCAGAGUACCUCGCAGCCCGUAAGAGCCCCUACGUUGCCCCGGCACAAAUCCGCCGGAAAUUCUACCGGAUGCUCCUGCGUCAGGUCGCGAGAUGCGGGCUCCGCGUCGAAUACGGGAAAACGGUGAAAGAAUACUUUGAAGAUGCAAACGCCGGAAAGGGUGGUGUAAUAAUAGAAGCAGCCAGGAACAUCGAGAUAGCCAGAGUGGCAGAUAUAGUCGUUGCAGCUGACGGUCUUAAAUCAUCCUCACAGAUCUUGAUCGCAGGACAACACAUCCCCACAAAAUCAAGCGGGAUGUCUAUCUACCGCACUGCAUUCGACAAGAGCCUCGCAAUGCAAGACAAGCUGGUCCGGAAGCGCUGGGGACAAAGCCCGCCCGUCUGGGAAUACUGGCUUGGCCCGGGUAUGUAUCUCGGUGUAUUCAUCGGCAACGACAUCGUCUCGUACGGGUUCACACCUAGAGACAAUGUCGUAGAGGGAUCGGCAACGGAGUCCUGGGAGCCCAACACAGACCCCGAGACCGUGGCGCGGGCAAUGCUCUCCGGUGCCCCAGACUGGGAUCCUGCUGUGAUAGCACUUGUGCGGACGGCGCCGAGGGGCUCGAUCGUGCACUGGCCGCUACUUUGGCGAGACCUGCGUCGCGAGUGGACGUCCCCAUCUGGCCGGGUCGUGCAAGUUGGCGACAGCGCGCACAGCUUUAUCCCCACCUCGGGGAACGGAGCGUCGCAGGCUCUCGAGGACGCAAUUACCCUUGCAACGUGUCUGCAACUAGCCGGGGACCCAGAGCACGCGGGCCUCGGAUCGAAAGUCUACAAUCUCCUUCGGUACGAGCGCGUAUCCUGUGCGCAGAAGAUGUCAUUUGUGAACUCCCAGCUCAAGACGGACACGGACUGGGAUGCUAUCUGGAAAGACCCCGCGAAGAUUCGGACGCGGUUUCCGGCUUGGAUCUUCAAGCAUGAUCCUGAGGCUUAUGGGUACGAGAAGUUUGGCGAGGCGUUCGCGCAUUUGACUACUGGGUCCGAGUUUGCCAAUACGAACUUUCCGCCUGGACAUGCUUUUAGAGCUUGGACGGUGGAUGAAGUUUGGCGGGAUAUAGAGAGUGGGAAGCGCGUGGAGGAUCUUCUGGACCGGGACUGGUCUUGA